AUGGAUACAUCCAUCGGAGUUGAGGAUACAGAUGGUAGUGAGAUGGUUCAUGUGGAAUGGAGGGGACUUUUUACAGGAGUGGGCCAACGUUUUCCUAGUGCAGAUGUAUUUCGGGUAUUUGCAUACAAGUUUGCACUUAUAAACAAGUUUGUGCCUAAGUAUGUGAGGAAUAACAAGGAAUUCAUGUCGAUGAGGUAUAAAGUUGAGGGCUAUCUAUGGAAGCUAUGCGCAAAUCAUGUGAGGAAGAGUUGCGAUGUGCUACGAGUAACGACAUUUAUAAACUGGCAUGUUCAUUCUACCCAAGAUAGCUUGGAUGUGAUGCAUAGUGGAAGAGCUAGUUUGAACUCAUCAAUAAUAAUUAAUGAGAUGAGGGAUCAUACAGACAAGUGUACUUCUGAGAUAAGGAAGAAGUUGAAACAAGAGUAUGGGAUUGAUCUAACAUAUAAACAGGCUUAUAGAGCAAAAGAGAAGUCAUUGGAAGACAUAUAUGGCAGGCCUGAACAAUCAUACAUGCUUAUACCAUGGGUAUGCGAAAGGCUAAAGGAAACAGAUGAAAAAACUGUGGCUGAAUGGACUGCUAUUGGGAACUGGUUUGAGCGUGUUUUCAUUGCCUACGGGUCAUGCAUUGAGGGUUUCUUGGGGGGCGCGAGGUAUAUUAUGUAUGUUGAUAGAACUCACUUAAGUGGACCAUACAAGGGGACAAUAUUGUCAGCUUCAGCUUAUGAUGCAGAUAACGAGCUGCUGUCGUUUGCAAUUGUAAUUGUCAAGGGAGAAACACUAGAUGACUGGACGUGGUUUUUCUAUAUGAUAAAAGAAAUCUUGGGUUUUGUGGAAGUAACAAUUGUAUCAGAUCAACACAAUGCUAUCAUCGGAGGAGUGGCAUCAAUCUUUGGGGGUCAAAGGCAUGCCUUUUGUUAUAGACACAUCAAGGAGAAUUUUAGUUCAGAAAUUAUGAAAAUGAAUAAGGGGCAAACAAGGACAAAUGGCCGAUCAAAAGAUGAUGCACUACAUUUAUUGGAUAAAAUUGCAUAUGCAAGGACGGAUGAGAAAUUUGAGGCAAUAAUGGAUGACAUGAGAGCCUUUUCUCCAAGGCUAUUUGAUUGGCUUAUUCGUCAUGGGGAUGUAGAUAGGUGGGCUAAAAGCAGGUUCCCAUAUAAAAGAUGGGACAAUAUUACAAGUAAUAUAACAGAAUCAUUCAAUGCAUGGAUGGUCAAUGAGAGAAAGCAUACUGUACCCCAAUUGAUCUAUGAGCACUGA